CGACCGUCGACCGGGACAGCACGAAGCCUACGCUUUCUCGUUCGGCUCACUAUGGAACCCGCGCCGAGUCACGAUAGCCACGCACUACCCGACGAGGUUCACAAGAUACUCGACGAAUUUCGGCAAUCAGUGGUCAACUGUGACAAGAAAACUGAGUCACACCCUCCCUCCGAUGCAGAUAAACAAGAUACGACGCUUGCAUGGCGUGAGCAUGUCGCCGGUCUUCGAUUCAGGACAUCUGAUCAUGUGUAUCGUGGCGAGAACAACGAGAUAUCGUUGGUGGCAAAUACACAUGCUCACGUCGGCGACGCGAUGAAUGAGGCCAUCCAACAUCAGCUGGCUGGCAUAUUCCGUAAAGGCGAACCAGCGCUGCUCAUCAACGCACCGGGCUCUGGAAAGACAUCCUUGCUCUUGCAGGGCUUACGCAGACACUGGGGCUUCUACUUCCGCCUAGACGCGCGCUUUGGUAUCGGAAGCAGGGACUUGCCUUCUUCGAUGCGAUGGGUGUCGUACAGGAGAUCAUACGCUCAGCUUUGGGAAGCAAAGAAGCAACUUCAGAGGGUUCUUCUUGCACGCUUAUUGCUCCUGCAUACGUUUGCAGGGGUCAUCGACACGACGAAAUCCAUGGAGCAUGCGCGCAAUGACUGGAACAGCGCGCAGAUCUCUUUUGGUAGCGCGGACUAUCCGUACCGUAUCUGCGAAGCCCUGGAGGAAUCUACGACAACCGACUAUGCAUGCGAAGCGGACAUCAUGCGCGAUACAGUUUCUCGCCUGCAGGACCUGCUGGGCGGUGACGACUUUGGUUUGUUUUAUGUGGUUGACGACUGUCAGCGCUCACUGUGUGAGUGGACAUCUGAAAUAGGCUCCGACGGGAAGAAGCAUAGGGAGGACCCGUUCAAAGUUCUGAGCGACUUCUGCGCUAAGCUACCGUGGCUGACGCCCGUUUUUGCGGCCACUUCCGCGCGACCUCCGCGGGACCUCCAGCAAGCCUUCCCUUCGCUCAAGACCGUCAGUGCGACCGGCGGGUCGGACCCGGAGCAUGCGCGUGACUUCUUGCGCUCCUACCUGCCUGCUUCCCUCGUGGCAUCCGAAGACGGAAAACUACUGCUGGAGCGCGCCGGACUCUGGCUUCGCGGACGUCACAAGGUAGUCGCUGACUUCGUGAAGUUCUUCCUCGGCGGCACACCAAUUUCCAUGCUCGAUGGGCCUCACACGAUGCUACACAAAUUCAUCAACGAGGAGACCGGUUUCAUUUCCUACGACGACAUCCGCCUGGCGGUCGACAAGGGCACUGAUCAAGGUCUAUACCGUUUAGGCCCGUACAUUCAUAUCUACUUUUCUUCUGUGAUCAGAGAGACGCGCACCGCCAUCCACCAUAUCCUCUAUCAAUAUCUCGUUCUCGGCCAUGCCCCCACAUUUGGCGCCACCGAGGAUUGGAUUGUCUCCUCCAAUCUCGGAUACUACGCCGACGCCAAUAUGUCCAAGAUCGUCGUUGACGAGCCCCUCACCCUCGUCCGAAACGCCCAGCUGUUUUGGUCCAGAGACUGGGACGAACUGCCGUUCCUCAGCCACAAACUCAUCUACAACCCCAACCUGCCCGCCUUCGCCAGCCCCCGCGAACACGCCGUCCUCCUCUUCUCGCGCUUCUUCGCCACCCCUCACGCGCCUUCCGAAACAUUCGUCUUCCCAGGAAAGAAAGCGCCUCGCUGGGCGCAGCAGAGGGCAGAACUCGUCGAACUGAGGCCGGGCGUCUUCGAGAACGGCUCUCCAAGGUAUCGCAUCUGUCGACACGCGGAUUACCCAGCACCCGCAGUGCUUCCUCUCGCCACGGAUGGGACCUCUUAUGCGACAACUCUCUCUUGGCUCCGGCACGAGCACGACACCGCGUUCUGCUUACUGCCGGAUCCGACGGCGUUCAUGUUCGCACUGCGGCGGCUCAAGGGCGAUUUCCUUGGGGUCAUCGUCCGCGUCGUACCCCAUGCCGACUUCAGCCCACACAAGGGAGGGCUGGGCGCCUACUUCAAGGGCAAAGACCAGACUGCCGACGUCUCCAAAGCCCUCGCGUUGCUCCAGACGGCUCUUCCCGAUCCAUGCAAAACGCUGGGAGAUCUCCCUGUCUUGGAAGUUGCCAUGCAAGCCCCAGACCUCAGCGCUCCUGAUCGCGAGACCCGCAUCCGCGAUGCAAGGGAGGCACUAGUCCAUCUGAAGAUGAGCCAUAUACCCCUUCCCUCGCCCUACCCCAACGAGCGCAAGAUUGUCACCGUCAACCCUUACCUCGUUCAGUACACCGAAGCGAUGCUGGAGCAGGCAGCGGAGGCCGAAAAGCCAUGGAUUCUAUCUCGCCUUGUCGCCAACAUCGUGGGGGAGACCAGCAUCUCGCCGGACAGGCAUGGGCGGCGACGGAAGACGAAUGCGUCGCUGCCUGCUGAUUCCGGCGCCCCAGAAGCUGCAAUUUCUUCGCUGUCAACGUCCGCAGAAACAGAGGAGGGUCCCGCGUCGAACUUGCCACCUAGUUCAAGCUCACAGCAUGCAAUACAGUCGGGAUCACCGACUGGAGCGGCCUCUACCCCGGCGGGAAAGCGCAAAAGGUCGGACUCGCCCACAGCAAGCUCGAAUUCGGACUUAGGCUUGCUCGAUGAGGUUGGAACGCCGUCUAGAAAACGCGCGAAGAUCGGCUCCAGGUCGUUUACGCCAUGAGCGUGCUGAUCGAGCUCCAAACCAUGCACUUCGCCGUCGAUAUCAUACUAUACAGAAUUUACACAUAUUUGAUCUUUGCCUUCAGCGAACCUUGUGCUUCGCAGCCUUCUCCUCUUCGGAUCCUACGACGAUGGUCAACCCCUUGUUUUCCACUGCAGAUCGGAAGAUACAACGUACCAAACACAUCGAUAUCCCAGCGCGGCUUGUAUAGGUACGGAAUGUUGUAGCGCACGGGGUUCUCGCGCCCGACCUUCG